AGAGUUGCUCCAGCCCUCUGAUCAUCUUUGUGCACCUCCUCUGCACCCACUCCAACAGCUCCACAUCUUUAUUGUGCUGGUUGCCCCUGGCCUGGACGCAGUACUCAGAUAAACCUCACAAGAGCAAAGUAGAGACAAUCUUUCUGCCCUGCUAGACUCUCCCUUUUUGACUCAGCACAGUAUACCACUGGCCUUCCAGGCUGCAAGAGCACACUGCCAGCUUUUUGCUCAUCAGAACCCCUAAGUCAUUCCUUGCAGGGCUGCUCUCAAUGACUGCUUCUCCCAGUCUGUACUUGUAUUUGGGACUGCCCUGACCCAGGUGCAAGGAAUUGCACAUUGCCUUGUUGAAUCUCAUUAGGUUCACACCGGACCACUUUUUAAGCUGUCCAGGUCCCUCUGGCUGGCCUCCUUUCCAUCUAUGGUGCCAACUGCACCAUUCAAUUCACCACCAGCAACAAACCUGCUCAGGGUACGUUCAAUUCCGUCACCCAUGUCAUUGUUAAAGAUGUCAAAGAGCACCGGUCCCAAGAUGGACCGCUGGGAAACACUGCUCGGCCUCCACUUACACACAGAGCCACUGACCACGACUCUCUGGCUGCGACCACCCGACCAAACCCUUUCUCCACCUAAUAGCAUCUCCCGCAUCUCUCCAAUUAAGAGGUGAGGUUUGGCAGGACCACGCCAAACACCUCGCACAAGUCCAGCCGACUGACAGCUAAUUACAGGAGUGCACGGACGCGCCGUUUACCUCCGCUCGCCGCCGUCUCCGCCUGGGGAAGUGACGGCAGCAGCCUGCGACGCUCCGCCUCCUCCUCCUCCUCCUCCUGCCGGCCAUGGUGCUGCUGCGUACGGCGGCGGUGCGGGGCGGCGGUGCGGUGCUGCCCCGCGGCUUCUGGGCGGCGGUGCGCGUGUGGCUGGAGAAGCCGCAGGUGGCCAACAGGCGGCUGUGCGGCGCCGCCGUCGAGGCGGAGGGCGCGGUGCUGCUCGGGGAGGACGGAGAUACGUCUCUCCAUCUCGGGAGCGGCGAGGAGCCGGCGGAGGCUGCGGAGCUUGGCCGGCUCUGGAGGGAGGUGCGCGGGGAGCUGCUGCCUUUCCUCGCGGCCGGGCCAGGUCGGGAGCUGCGUGCUGUGCUGAGAGCUCUGCUGCCCCGGGCGCGGCCCGCAGGGCUUCUCGCCCCGCCGGUGAAGGAGCUGGUGGUGCAAGAUGUUUGCAAUGGAACUGUAACCUUCCUGCCUUUGGAGGAAAACAGUGAAGGAAAAUACCAAAUUAAAAAAUGCAAUAUAUAUCAAAUUCAACUUACACACGUAAGAGAUGAGGAAUGGUCUGUGUCUAUUAUAGUUCCAUCUUCAAAAGAUUGGUUUUCAGAUGGAAUAACAUACCCCAAACUAUCAUGGCUUGGAGAUGUACUUUUGUCCAAACUGGCUAAGUGGUCUGUGGAGCAAAAAUGCAGUGAGUUCAGAAGUACGCUGUCACUCAUUCCUGUAGCAAAAUACAGCAAGGUUUAUCAAGACCUUAAAGAAAAAUACAAGGAGAUGGUAAAGGUAUGGCCUGAAGUGACGGAUCCUGAGAAGUUUGUUUAUGAAGAUGUUGCCAUUGCCACUUAUUUGCUGGUUCUCUGGGAAGAAGAGAGAAAGGAAAAAGGAUUGGCCAAGAAACAGUCAUUUGUAGAUCUGGGAUGUGGAAAUGGUCUGCUGGUGCAUAUUCUUAGCAAUGAAGGGCACUUAGGUCGAGGAAUUGACUUGAGGAGAAGAAAAAUAUGGGACAUGUAUGGACCAGAAACUCAUUUAGAGGAGUCUUCUAUCGUGCCAGGUGACAGUCAUCUCUUUCCAGAUACUGACUGGCUGAUAGGAAACCAUUCAGAUGAAUUAACUCCAUGGAUACCUGUGAUUGCUGCCAGGUCUUCCUAUUCAUGUAGGUACUUUGUGCUGCCAUGUUGCUUCUUCGAUUUCCAUGGAAAAUACAGCCGAAGACAAAGCAAGAAGACUCAGUACAGAGAAUAUCUUGAUUUUGUUGCUGAAGUGGGACGUGUCUGUGGUUUUCAUGUGGAAGAAGACUGCCUUAGAAUUCCAUCAACAAAAAGGGUGUGCCUUAUUGGAAGAAACAGGAUCUAUUCACCUACAGAACAUUCUUUGAUGGAUGAGCAGAUAACACAGUUUAUUCGUAAUCGUCAGACCUGUGCUGUGGUUACACGUGACAGAGAAGAUGGAUUUAAUGAUAAUGAUCACUCUGUGUGCAAAGGAGCAAGCUCAGAGCUCCCUGAAAAUGUGAUGGAGACUGCUACUGGAAUUUGGAUGCCUGGAUUUCAACCCAGAGAAAAAGUAGAACAAACUAGAAAUUGUGCUGCCCUCCCUCGGGAUUUUGUAGAUGGUGUUGUUCUGAAUGUGGCAAACUUGCUGUUAAAUGCAGUCCCUGCAAAAUCAUGUUCUAAUACGCAUGGUGGAAAUAAGAAUACCUGGAAUCAAGGAGAAAGCCUUUCCUUGAAAGAAGUAGCAGAACAUUUAAAUAAGGAGACUUUAAAGAGGCUGAAAAGUGAAUAUGGAGGCCUGCAAACACUGCUCAAGAACAAUCAUCAAGUAUUUGAAGUUUUAGAUGGGAGAGUUCAUAUUCGUGACUGGAGAAAAGAGAAGCCGUCAAGGAAAACUAAGCCUGAAGUAAAACGAUGCCUUUCAGCUGAAGCAUUUAAAACACGUCUCUGUUGGUUUUUCAUUCAUCAUCCUGACGGUUGUUCUUUGCCUUCUGAAUCUUGUCCAUAUGCUCAUGGGACUGAGGAGCUAAGACAGUCUGAGACUAUUAAAAAGAAAAAACAUAUACGAUGAUAAAAUGCUGCCACUUAUGUUGUAGCUUGUGUACGUGUGUUUGACUGACUUUGGGACUGUUUAGUGCAUGAGAACCUGCAAAAUUUGGAGGCUUCUCUUCUUGUUCCAAUCUAUUUUAUUUUUCUAGUUAGUUUACAAGUUCUCCUAUAUUUUACUUUCUGUACCAUUGAUAUGAAAAGAUUAUAGUAAAAUAUGUGUAUAUUUCUGGAUUUUGUUUGUUUUUCUU